UGGUAGUGAUUGACGUUUCUUGCGGGAGAAGUGCAAAAUUUUCCGGUUCAAUUGAAAAAUAUAUGCGAAUCUGAAUAAAUCAUGGAUUGUGAGUGAUUUUUAACGGUGCAGUGUGGUUUUCACCGGUCCGGAGGUUACACACCCCGCGAAAACUGCGAUGAAACGGGCGGACUGAGUGACUGAUUCGAUAAUUCAGGACGUGAGACUUGAACGGCAGUUUCUCACGUUGUUCCAAGAUUUUUUUCGGUUUUGAAAGGUCCCCGUCUUGACCCCGUUCCGUUGCCUCCAAACACACCCCUGUUAUGUAAAGGUUAGGAUAAUAACUGGCGAUCUAGGUCAUUCUCCCUUGUUUUCCCGAGGAUUUUCCGUUUGCUACGAUUGCCCAUUUCGUGAAAUAUCCGCGUACGAGUGAAAGUCAUGUUAUUGAUGGAUGUGAAUCAGUUUUUCCCGUGGGCGUUCAUUGUUUUCCGUUAUUGGUUUUUGGGUGGCUCGAACGGUGCUGGACAUAACCUAUAAAACGAUAUGACCGUAUAGACUCUCUGGACAAUCAUGAUCUAAAAAGGUCAUGACAUCUCGACACUCUUAUAAUAUUGGUGUCAAUCAAGGGACGGUUAUACCCCCGCUUAUUGAACAGAAUAUCGAGGAAGUUGAACAGGAAGAAGCGCUAGCCUCUGGUGGUCCGCCUCUGGUAAACACGAGCACCGGAACCCGUUCAAAACAGCGGGGUCGCAAAUUUGGGGCCUCUGGUAGUCUUAGCGAUAGUUCCUCCAGUGUCAAACGACAGGAAUCAUCCCCAACUUUGACGCUUAUAUCGUCAAAGGGUUCCGCUGAUUCUAACUACUCACAGCCUUCUUCAGAUUUAUCGCUGGACGAGGAAAAAGAGGCCCUUCGUAGGGAGAAAGAGCGUCAAGCUCUUGCCCAACUCGAAAAAGCAAGGACGAAACAGGUAGCAUUUGCUGUUAGGACAAACGUAGCAUAUGAUGGUACCGUAGACGAUGAUUCGCCAGUUCAUGGUUAUGCUGUUUCCUUCGACAUUAGAGAUUUUUUACACAUAAAGGAAAAAUAUGACAACAACUGGUGGAUUGGUCGUCUCGUCAAGGAAGGCUGCGAUAUUGGUUUCAUACCGUCUCCGGUGAAAUUGGAAAAUUUGAGGCUUCAGCAGGUUGCGACCAGAUCGACCAAGCUUUACUCGAGCAAAACUAGUUCCAGUUCUAAUAUAGGGGGCGCUGGUAACGAUGUUUCCAGAGGUAGCACUCCUCCCACGCCUGGUGACGAAUCAGAUUCUGUGGGUAACGCCAGGUCUGGCAAAACACUCACAACACCUCCUGCCAAAGAGAAGAAGAAACCGUUCUUCAAGAAGCAAGAAACCACUGCCCCUUAUGAUGUGGUUCCUUCCAUGAGGCCUGUAGUGUUGGUUGGGCCAUCGUUGAAGGGGUACGAAGUGACGGAUAUGAUGCAGAAGGCCUUAUUCGAUUUCCUAAAACAUAGAUUCGAAGGAAGAAUCAUCAUCACUAGAGUAAUGGCGGAUAUUUCACUAGCAAAGAGGUCCUUAUUAAAUAAUCCUUCCAAACGAGCGAUAAUGGAGCGAUCCACUACACGGUCAUCAUGUUUGUCUGAAGUGCAAGCUGAAAUAGAGAGGAUAUUCGAAUUGGCCACCACCUGCCAGUUGGUCGUCUUGGAUUGUGAUACUAUCAACCAUCCCUCACAACUCGCCAAAACUUCUUUAGCUCCUUGUAUCGUGUACCUCAAAAUAUCUAGUCCUAAGGUGCUGCAAAGGUUAAUAAAAUCACGGGGUAAAAGCCAAACCAGGCAUUUGAAUGUACAAAUGGUAGCUGCAGAAAAAUUAGCUCAGUGUCCUCCAGAAAUGUUCGAUGUUAUUCUGGAUGAGAAUCAGUUAGAAGAUGCCUGUGAACAUAUUGCUGAGUACCUCGAAGCAUACUGGCGAGCUACACAUCCAGAAAAUGCACCAGCCAAUGUUCCAAGACCUAUUGUAACCUCUCCACAGGCAUCUCCUAGUGGAGACCAAGGAAGACCUACAUUACCAGCCAUUCAUGACGUUUACGGCUAUUCUUCUACACAUGAUCCUAGAGUACCCACUUUCCAAACGACCCACAGAAGAACUAGGCUGGAAAGGGACAGAGAAUACGAAGAGUACACAGAAAGAGAUAAUUACUCGCAACACAUGCAAACUGAAGAUUAUCGAAGCAUCGAUCGUAGAGAGCACAGAACCAGAGAUGAAGAUUACGUCACACAUAGGGGAUCUUCAAGAAGAGCUUUGAAUGCCAUCUAGUGGAGGCUUUCUACGGACCAUCCUAUUGAAGAAGAAAUCCAUGAUGAAAUGUCACCUCAGGAAGAAUAUUACAAACCUCAGAUUCCAAGGGAAUAUAGGGACGAUAGAUCAGAGAAAAGGAUAGAAGCUGACGAGAGGCGGUACAGAGAUCGGAGAGAAAGAGAUCGGAGAUACGGCGAACAGAGCACCCUGUAUAUGGAUUCGGAGAGGAGGAGAGCGAGGGAAACCGCCAAACAGGAAGGGAAGAAUUACAGGAAAGAACUGCUGGAGAGGUUUGGUAGCAUGGGUUUUGAGGACCAUGAGAGUCCCCCACAUCAAAGGUACUAUGAUUGAAGUGUUCACUGGUAUGUAAUAUCAUUUGCUAGGGUCAUUGGCAACAGGUUUCAUAUAAUAUGAUUUCUAUUGGUCCUUCUUCGGUGAUUUCUUCAUUUUUCAUCAAGCUUCCCUAUAAAAUCUACAUGUUUGGCUCUUCUUUUUCCAAAAACAUUUUUAUACUAAUCUUUUUUCAGUUUUCUAAAAGUCUAAAGUCUUACUAACUUUGAAAUAUUUAAGAGAUAUUUCAAGUAUUGAUAGUUCCACAUGUUUGGUGCUUUUUGAUAUAAAUUUUUCACCUGGUCAAAUAUUUUGAGUUUUUUCUUCACUAUCAAUCGUUUUUUUUUAAUAUUUUACUCCAGUCGAAGCAAACCUACGAUCGAGCCAUAAACAAAGGGAGUCAAAAGAAAUGAGGACAAUAAUUCAAUUUGUUCAGAAUCCUCGCCAAUGAUAUGAUACCAAAAAAAAAAGUUAUGAAGUACACUACGAUAGAACCUUUGAUCGUUUCUUCAAGAGGAUAGUCCGUACCUAUUGUGAUUUCAAUUAGAAUUGAACUAUAGCAUAUAAAGUUUAAAAAUUUUGACCAGUGCCAUAUUUAAGUAAUAGCUCAAUUUUUAUUCAAUCUAUAACUGAAUUGAAAAGAAAUAUUUAAGCUUUAAACUGUAGCUGUAUUAGAUUUUCUAAUUUUUCGUGAGAAAAAAAUAUGGAGCGAUCAAUAUUACGAAUUGUGGAUUUGAGGUAGCCACUCAACUGCAAACGGGAUAUUUAAAUAAUUGUUAUUUUGAUUAUUCGAAACUUCGUAUAGAAUGGAAAUUCUCGAAUGGUUAAUAAUUGUUCCAGUAGUUUAUAAUUUUGUAUACAACAAAAUAUGCGUCUUUUUCUCUUUAAACUGAGACCAUUCGCUUAGUUCGAACGAUCGAAAUAUUUUGUUACUUAUUCCAUAAGCUUGAUUUUUUCGUGAUAAAAAUGGAUAGCUUAGUACUUGUAUUUUGUAUACGUAUCGAUAGCAUUUUCUGAAGAAAUACCGAAUUUUUUCAUGAGAUGUUGAAUGAUUAGGUCUCUCGCUUUCGUUCAAAUUUCAAAAUACAUAAUGGUGAUAUUAAGAGUUAAACUUUAUGUAUUUGACUGAUGCUAGGAGGAUAAUAUUCGAUAUGAAAUCAUUUAUGAUGCACAGCUAUUAAGAUUAAGGUGUUUACGAAUCAAUAAUUGAUCAAAUAUUGACGGCUUUAGGGGAGUGUUCUCAAACGGGAGAAUAUGUGAAAUAUUUCGAUGAAUACGGCCUGAUAUCGAAGUUUUUCUUCGUCCUUUCAAAGCACCCAGUUGAAAUUUUUCCGUCCCAUACAGGAUGUUCAGAAAUUUGGUCACAGAUUCGUGAGGCAAAAUAAGGAGACCCCUAUUUUUUUAUUUUUGCCAGGAGACCCUGUCUUUAAAAGUUAGUCCCCUGAAUUAACACCUAAAAAUAGUCUUUUUUGUAUGUAUCUCAGAAUAUCAUGAAACAUUUUUUUCUCUCCUGCAAUUUUUCCAUGAAACGCAAGAAAUUCAAGGGGCUUUCUGACGGUUUAACAAUUU